AUGGCUGUUGCUGUGCCUCUCCUGUGCGCUAGGAUGCUGGUUCUGACUAUCCUGUGCGGAUGCGUUAUGGGCGGGGUUCACGCGGCAACCAUAGAGCAGUUUGGCAACCUGGUCGAGGGGCCCCUCUGGAACCAGACUCUCAUCAACCUGUCCGGCAAGAACCUCUGUGGCCCUAUUCCUCCCGAACUUGGAAACCUCGUUAACCUGGUUCAUCUUAACCUGUCCAGCAAUGCCUUCAAUGGUUCCAUUCCCCCCCAUCUUAGCAACCUGACCAACCUCGCAUACCUUGACCUCACUUACAACAAUCUUGCUGGGCCGGUCCCCACCGAGCUUCGUACUUUGACUAACCUUACCUACCUUUCCCUCUCCUUCAACCGCCUCCGCUCACGCCCCAUCCCCUUGGAGCUUGGUAGCCUCACCAAUCUCACCGGGCUUUAUCUUGGAAGCAACAACUUCUUUGGCCCCAUACCCUCCCAGCUAGGCAACCUGACCAAAGUCCAAUACCUUGACCUUGCCAGCAACCGGCUCUCCGGCCCCAUUACACAAGAGCUCUGUAAACUCACCAACCUCACCUACCUCUCCCUCUUCAACAACAGACUUUCUGGUGGCAUCCCUCCCGAUCUGAGGAGCUUAUCUCAACUUACCAAUCUCCACCUCGAUUCCAACCAGCUCUCUGGCCCUAUCCCCGCCAACCUCGGCAGUCUGACCAACCUCUCCGACCUCUACCUCCACAGCAACAGACUUUCUGGCCCCGUACCGCCCGAGCUUGGCAACCUGUCAAAUCUUACUAACCUCCUCCUCUGCGGCAACAACCUCUCCGGCCCAAUUCCCCCCUCGCUCGGCAACCUGUCAAAACUAGUCACCCUCUACCUCUUCAGUAAUAAUCUCACGGACACGGUUUGCAGAGAGGUAAACCUGUCGCUGGUUGAGAAUCUGACAAGAUUAGGCCUUCCUUGUUCGCCGCCCCCCUCGCUGAAACACACCAACCUUACCUACCUGGCUCAACCUGUUGGCAGCCAGUCCACCAAGAGUCUGGAUCUCUCGUUGGUGCCCAGCUCGUGCAAACUCGUCAAUUUGACGGGUUCCCAUCCCCACCUGGAAAGCAUCAACUUCUGGGGAGCUUGCUCUACAGGCUGUGUAGUGAGCCUAGCGGGAACGGAGGCUAGUCUGUCCCGCAGCACGAAAAGGAAGGUCUGCUUGAGUAGGAUUUCAAUCUUUAUUGGCGGCGACAUUCCGUAUCAGCUCUAUGAUCAGAAAUUCCGGUUCAACAACACCCUCAAGAACGAGCAAGGGUUGUACUACUUGGCGGACCCUGACUUCGUCGAUACGAUUGACCUGGGGCCCGAAGGGAGGGCGUACACGGGGGUCGGUUUCUCGCGGGUCCAGUCGGGCAAUCUGUGCAGCAACCCCGAGGCAAAGGCGGUUGCAGCGGCCCUCUUUGGCGCCUUCACCGUCGCUUUGCUGCUGGCGACUUUCUCCAUCGUCGUCAUAGCGCGAUGGCGCCGCAGAAUUCGGGGGAGUUCAGUACAAGAACGCCGCUCUCACAG